AUGUUGGUCUACACACCCAGCAGCCCAAGAGCCUUGCGCCUGCUCUUGCUUCUGCUUCUCGCAGCCUGGAAGGCGGGGAGCGGCCAGGUCCAUUAUUCUGUCCCGGAGGAGGCCAAACACGGCACCUUCGUGGGCCGCAUCGCCCAGGACUUGGGGCUGGAGCUGGCAGAGCUGGUGCCGCGCCUCUUCCGAGUGGCGUCCAAGGGUCACGGGGAUCUUCUGGAGGUAAAUCUGCAGAAUGGCAUUUUGUUUGUGAAUUCUCGGAUCGACCGGGAGGAGCUGUGCGGGCGGAGCGCGGAGUGCAGCAUCCACCUGGAGGUGAUCGUGGACAGGCCGCUGCAGGUUUUCCAUGUGGAGGUGGAGGUAAAGGACAUAAACGACAACCCGCCAGUCUUCUCCGUUUCAGAACAAAAGCUUUCAAUACCCGAAUCUCGACUGCUUGACUCUCGGUUUCCGCUAGAAGGCGCAUCUGAUGCGGAUGUUGGAGAGAAUGCAGUGCUUACUUACAGACUCAGUCCAAAUGAGUUUUUCAUUCUUGAUAUUAUAAACAGAAAGGACAAAGCCAAAACCCCAGUGCUUGUUCUAGGAAAAAUGCUGGAUCGUGAAGAAAAUCCUCAGCUUCAGUUGUUAUUAACCGCAACUGAUGGAGGCAAACCGGAAUAUACUGGAUCUGUUACUCUGCUGAUCUUGGUGUUGGAUGCCAAUGAUAAUGCACCUAUAUUUGACCGAUCCGUUUAUGAAGUUAAGAUGUAUGAAAAUUCAGCGAACCAAACGUUAGUAAUAUGGCUAAAUGCGUCUGAUGCAGAUGAAGGAGUAAACAAAGAAAUGAUAUACUCAUUUAGUUCUUUGGUUCCAUCCAGCAUAAGGCGGAAAUUUCUAAUGAAUGAAAAAACGGGAGAAAUAAGAGUAAAUGACGCUAUUGACUUUGAGGAUAGUAACACUUAUGAAAUUCAUGUAGAUGUUACAGAUAAAGGAAACCCACCUAUGGUUGGUCACUGCACUGUACUAGUGGAAGUUCUGGAUGAAAAUGAUAAUUCACCCGAAGUGGUUAUCACUUCUUUGGCGCUCCCGGUGCGAGAAGAUGCUCAGGUGGGCAGUGUCAUCGCCCUGAUCAGCGUGUCCGACCGUGACUCUGGCGCCAACGGGCAG